UUCAGCUGUCACAAACGUCAAAUCAAAAUUGGCCAAUCUACUGAGCCAAUCUACGUGAUGAUUAUAAUCGGUGUAUAACAAAAUUUACUGUUAUUACUGUAUAACUAGUGGGCUAAGCCAUGAACUGUAAACACUAGAUAAGAGUCUUAACUCAUUUCCUUUCAGAACAAAUCGUAGUAUCCCUUUAUUUCGUAUUAAUAUCAAAGAUUGUUAACUAGUCAAUAUGGAUGGGACCUGGGUGCUUAUCUUGCUGGCUCUGGUGAUGCUGGUGGGAUCCUACGUAGCUGGGAGUAUACCACUAAAUGUGACAAUGUCUGAGGACAAACUCAAGAAAGUGACAGUGUUUGGAGCAGGCCUCCUCGUCGGCACAGCGCUAGCUGUAAUCAUCCCCGAGGGUGUCCGUUCCCUGUUCAGCGAACACUCAGCACCGACGGUUGUCACUAAGGAUUUUACAGCCCAGCCUGCGACGCAUGAUGACAAGGAUCUGCACAGUGUUAUUGGGAUAACCCUGGUUCUUGGAUUCGUGUUUAUGCUACUAGUCGACCAGAUGUCCUCGCGAUACAAUGACACUGGGAACCCUCAGGAGCGGAACAUGACUGCCACCGUGGGCCUUGUGGUGCACGCUGCCGCUGACGGCGUAGCCCUAGGCGCUGCGGCCACCACGUCCCACCGAGACGUGGAAAUUAUCGUGUUCCUAGCCAUCAUGCUACAUAAAGCGCCGGCAGCCUUCGGACUCGUCACAUUCCUCCUCCAUGCUGGUUUAGACAGAAACCGUAUCCGCAAACACUUGCUGAUCUUCUCAUGUGCUGCGCCGCUGCUCGCCCUGCUGACCUACUUCGGCAUCGGCAACGAGAGCAAGCAGACGCUGAGCGACUUCAACGCUACCGGUAUAGCGAUGUUAUUCUCCGCGGGCACCUUCCUCUACGUGGCCACGGUACACGUUUUGCCCGAGCUCACCCACUCGUCUCACACACACGCCUUACUAGGGGAGGCACCUAAGGGCUUCGGGGGCUUGCAGUUCUGUGAGGUGCUCAUCUUGACCGUCGGCGCGUUAUUGCCAGCUCUACUCACUAUGGGACAUGAACAUUAGGUACAUCAUACUCACCCACUCCCCCCAGGGGAGGCGCCUUAGGGCUUCGGGGGCUUGCAGUUCUGCGAGGUACUCAUCUUGACCGUCGGCGCAUUAUUGCCAGCUCUACUCACUAUGGGACAUGAACAUUAGGAACAUCAUACUCUCCUAUCCCCAUAGGCACGCCUUACUAGGGGAGGCACCUAAGGGCUUUGGGGGCUUGCAGUUCUGUGAGGUACUCAUCUUGACCGUCGGCGCGUUAUUGCCAGCUCUACUCACUAUGGGACAUGAACAUUAGGAACAUGAUACUCUCCUAUCCCCUUAGGCACGCCUUACUAGGGGAGGCGCCUAAGGGCUUCGGGGGCUUGCAGUUCUGUGAGGUACUCAUCUUGACCUUCGGCACAUUAUUGCCAGCUCUACUCACUAUGGGACAUGAAU